GGACAAGUUACCUUACACCACACUGGACAUUGGACACUAUACACUGUACCAGACACAGGACACCCUACUGGACACUGGACAAGUUACCUUACCCACUGGACAUUGGACAAGUUUACCUUACACCCCACUGGCCACUGGACAAGUUACCUUACCCACUGGACAUUGGACACUAUACACCGUACCAGACACAGGACACCCUACUGGACAUUGGACAAGUUUACCUUACACCCCACUGGCCACUGGACAAGUUACCUUACACCCCACUGGACAUUGGACACUAUACACUGUACCAGACACAGGACACCCUACUGGACAUUGGACAAGUUUACCUUACAUCCCACUGGCCACUGGACAAGUUACCUUACACCCCACUGGCCACUGGACAAGUUACCUUACACCCCACUGGCCACUGGACAAGUUACCUUACACCCCACUGGACAUUGGACACUAUACACUGUACCAGACACAGGACACCCAACUGGACACUGGACAAGUUACCUUACACCCCACUGGCCACUGGACACUAUACACUGUACCAGACACCAGACACCCUACUGGACACUGGACAAGUUACCUUACACCCCACUGGCCACUGGACACUAUACACUGUACCAGACACCAGACACAGGACACCCUACUGGACACUGUACACUGUACCAGACACCGGACAUGCUACUGGACACUGGACACUAUACACUGUACCAGACACCGGACACCCUACUGGACACUGAACAGUGUCUAUUGGCAGUCUAA